CCGGCGGCUAUCUGGGCUCCCUUCCCAUCGAGUCGGCCCAAGCACCUGUCAUAGCUCUGACCCUCCAAGAUCAGGAGAGCCCAGACAUAAGGCGAGCCCACCUACCACAUGCCAGCCGUUUUCAUCAUACUUGAGGAAGGCAUCGGCCUUCCUCUCAAAAUCAAUGUGCGACGAGUUCAAAUUCGGUUAAUACAUUCGCACAAAACUGGACGUAUACCAUACCUGUCAGGUGUCAAUCCGACAUUCGCAGAUCCAGCGCUCAAGACGGAGUCACCCCUGCAGCCUCGCCUUAAUCUUCUCGUACUUCAUGACAUCCACGGCGACUUUGACAGACUUGACGUGGUCAACCUGAUCGUUAGCCGUGUUGCGUUCAUCUGGAACUCUUGCCUUGUGGUUCAACACCCAGAUAUCAUUCGCCAUCCUCUCGUGAAAUAUGGGGACUUCCAUCGGUUGCAGCAGUGGUGUCGAUCUCUCUACGGCACAGUUUCGUCAGUGGCUCCCUAUUAUUCACGUCGUACCCUUACCCAUUGGGGGCGCUGUCUGGAAGGCGAAGAUAUAGGAUUUGGAUGUUUGGCAUGCUUUUGUGUGAGCGGAGUAGCACAUGAUUUUUCUUAGCUGUGCAGUAGUAUUGAGCCAGCUCGGCCCAUAAGCUGUCAGACCAGCCAUUCACAAGGAUACAUCUUAGAGCCCGUGUUCGAGCGAGAGUGAGAAGUUGCUCACGAUGCUACGAUCGCCCGAAGUGAAAACCACUGUAGUGACGCAUUUGAGAACGUAGAGGUCCUGGAAGAGAUCUGGGUUCUGGUAGAGUGGGCUGUCGGCUGGAUUGGCAGUGGAUUAGAUCGAGUUUCUGCCAUAUUGAUGACAACAACGUGAUGGUACGAACACCGUACCAAAUUUCUUGAUUCAACAUGCAAAAUUGAUGUAUCACUCUUG